AUGCAAAUUCUCGAUACAUUGUACGCAAUACUUUUAGUGGCAGUUCCACUUUCUUUAGGAUGGUAUAUAAUGUGGAAAAUGUAUAUAUCUAAAUAUGAAUUUGUAAGAGAACUUUUAGGUCAUAAAAAAGAAGUUAAAGAAAAACCAAAGAGUAGAAGAGUAACAAAUGUUGAAUUGCUAACAAUGAAUAAAUUAAUCGAAGACAUAAUAUUUAAUGUCAAUGUAAAUAGUAGAAAUAUUGUAUCAAAAACAUAA